AUGUCCAAGUUGAACCCUCAGGAUGCUGCGUUCUUUGAUCUGGACGAUGAGGAAGGAUGGGAGGACAUGCCUGUAGUGCGCGAGGACGAGUUCGCGGGCGGUCUGGACGAGGAGGACCAGAAGAAAUACCACUAUAAGCCGCAGGAUAAGAAGGAGGGCAUUUCGAAGGGUGGCGGUAACGCGCUGGGCGAGGUGUUGGACGUCGACGCGUUUGGGAAGGAGUGGCGUGCGAACACGGCUGCCGCGAACGAGAGCGAAUAUACCAGGCUACGCGUGCGCGAGGAGGACGAGGCGGACGAGGUCCAUUUGCGCACGAGAUAUUUGUUCGACGAGGACCAGGCCAUGACGCCGCUCAGCCAGAUGCAGCAGACCAAGAACUUGCUUACGGAGGCCCAGCGCGUCGCCUAUGUCGGUCUCUGCGCGCUCGUUAUCAAGGAGAUGACCGAUGCUCUGCGGAAACUCGAUAUCAAGGACGUCAAACCAGCCAUACAGAACUUGGAACUCUGGGGUUUGAAGAUCUUGGGUCGGCUGUACUACCACAUGGAACUUGCUACACCAGAGCAGAAGAUGAUCCAGAACCUCUCCCUACACGGCGUUAUCCCAGAAGACCUCGUACCCGCCCUUAUGACCACGCACACCGUCGCAAACCCAGAAUACGAUCCCGCAGAAGCCAAGCGGCAACAAGAUGAACGAGAAGAGGAUGCGAUCGCAGCACUGUCCGACGAUAUCUCGGAGGUCACUCUCGUUGCCGAGCCGUCUAAGUCGUCAGAGGGCACCGAAGGGCCGUCCACACCUACAACCGCAUCUAAAGCUGCAUUCCAGACAACGGCGCGUGUCUUGGAUGAGACCACAGCUGCGCAGAUACCUGGCGUGUCUACAACGUUAUCCGCUGCAGACGAGGUUGUCACGCUUGACAUCCGGUGGACGGUCUUAUGCGAUCUUUUCCUGAUCCUCAUCGCCGAUAGCGUGUACGAUGCGCGAUCGCGCGUUCUACUGGAGCAAGUGGCGAAGCGAUUAGGUCUUGGCUGGUUGGACGUUGUGAAGUUCGAGCAGCGGGUCACGGAGGCGUUGGAGAUUCAGGAAGGCGUUGAGAAGAUGGAACAGCAGGAGAUCAUUGAAGGCAAUGUGAAGAAGUCGCGGAAGCGGAGAUACAUGAUGAUGGGCCUCGCAACACUUGGCGGCGGUCUUGUCAUCGGGUUAUCCGCCGGUCUUCUUGCACCAGUAAUCGGUGCAGGUAUCGGAGCCGCUCUGACAACAGUGGGUGUCGGCGGUACUUCCGCCUUCCUUACUGGUACUGCAGGAGCGGCGAUCAUCACGACCGGCGGUGUCCUAACGGGUGCAAACAUCGGCGGUCGCGGCAUGGCCCGGCGCGUGCAAAGCGUCCGCACCUUCGAUGUUCUUCCUCUCCACAACAACAAGCGAGUAAACGCUAUCUUGACCGUAUCAGGGUUCAUGACAGGAGAACUGGAUGACGUUCGUCUUCCCUUCAGCGUGCUGGACCCUGUAGUCGGCGAUGUUUACAGCGUGCUGUGGGAGCCAGAGAUGAUUCGCGAGACAGGCAGUGCUCUCAAGAUCCUUACAUCCGAGGUACUCUCGCAGGUGGGGCAGACGGUUCUGCAGGCUACCGUGAUGACCGCUCUGAUGAGUGCCUUGCAAUGGCCUAUACUGCUCACGAAGCUCGGGUACCUCAUCGAUAACCCUUGGAACAAUGCGCUUGACAGGGCGAAGGCAGCUGGCGCGGUGCUCGCCGACGUAUUGAUCCAGCGUCAUCUUGGUGUGCGGCCAAUCACCCUCAUAGGCUUCUCCCUCGGAUCUCGCCUUAUCUUCUACUGUCUCCUGGAACUACACCGACAGAAGGCGUUCGGUAUCGUCCAGGACGUGAUCAUCCUCGGAACAACGGUCACCGCGCCUCAGAAGACAUGGUACCAAGCGCGCUCGGUCGUCUCGGGCCGCUUUGUGAACUGCUACGCCAGGAACGACUGGCUGCUCAACUACCUCUUCCGUGCUACGAGCUCAGGCUUGAAUAGCAUUGCUGGUCUACGUCCUAUUGAGAACGUCCCGGGCAUGGAGAACAUCGACGUGACCGACAAGAUCUCCGGACACAUGUCCUACCGCACAUUCAUGCCGCUCAUCCUGGAUCAACUCGGCUUCCCGGUGUCCGCAGAUUACUUCGAUGAGCCCGAGGAACCCGACUUUGAAGGCGAGCGAGUUGUCAUCCGCGAAGGCGAGGAGAUGCCGAAGAAGCGGGGCUGGUUCGGUCGCGCCAAAUCUGGCAAUGGCAGAGCUAGCACCGGCAGCGUCUCCCGACCUCCGACCGCGUACACACCCCCGCCCCGCAAGUCCAAAGACGGUGAUGUCAAGUCCCCGGUCGACGACGAGUUGCCACCUCGAGAAGUCGCUUCGCCUCCUCCCAUGGCAGGUUCAGCUUCCGCUGGUCCGAGCAUACCGAAGACUGCGGACGAAGCGGGAGACUUGGGUGCACCCGAACUUCCUCCCGCGCAUGCUGGCUUCAAUAUAUCGGCGAUCAAGGCGAUUAUCGACAAUGCGGCACCGAGCGACCAUCCGCCCUCUGUCGGAGGACGUGAGCCGCCACCUGCACCGCUAGAUCUUGCAGCCGCCAUGCAGGCAUCUUCAUCCCGACCACAGUCUGCGCCGCCACCUCAUGACGAAGACGACCACACUCCAACGCGGGAGAGACCGGAACCUACAUUAUCCUUACGAGAAUCAAUCGACGAGCCGGACGAGCAUGCCUCCAUCAAGCUCAGCACGCCCAUGACCAGGUCUUUGUCCUUGAAUGACGUAUCUAGGGCAGACGAGUCCGUGGAGGACGAGGACGAGGGAAGGUUGGGCGAGACGUCAUCGUCUUCUUUGCGCGCAGGCCCUUCUAACGGCUUCGCGCCGCCACCAUCGUUCGGAGAAGACACUGCUAUCUGGGCGCCUCCGCCUUUGCCUGAGAAGGAUUCGGCGUAUAGGUCGGGAAUGUCGUUCGGCUCGCCAUUCAAUACGGGCGCUUCGCCUUUCGGUGCGAGCACAACAUCGUUCGGCGCAGCAACGUCGGCUUUCGGCGCACCGUCUUCGUCGGGUGUUCAACUUAGUUUUGGCGAUGUCGAUGGGGAUAUCACGUCCACCGCCACGAGCAGUUCGGAUCGCGAUCCCUGGACGAUACCGACGUCCAGCGGUGCUACGAAAGCUCCUCCAAGCUAUCUUUCGAACCCUUGGGGCUGA